CAAAGAGAAGUAGUCUUUCCUCCAUUUCCCCUGGCAGCCAAAGAUCCAACCCAACUCCACAAAGCUUAAGAGAAAUAUGCUUCACAGAAGCUUCAUCUUCUUCUUCUUCAUCAUCAGUACUAGUCUUCUGAUGAGCUUAUUAUCAUUUUCUCCACUUUGCUGCUCACAAAUGCUGAACCUAACUUUGCCUGGCCAGCAUCCCGACCCUGAAGCUGUUGUCCAGCAACUCCAAUGUUUGCAGGAGAGUGAAUGUCUCGCUGUCCAGAAGACAAAUGCUAUCAUACCCAGCCGGCGCCGGAGCCUGCCCUACCGGAAACCCCACCGACGAUUGCUGGCGGUGCGACCCCAACUGGCAGCUCAACCGCCAGCGGCUGGCCGACUGCACUAUAGGCUUCGGCCAGAACGCAGUCGGCGGCAAAGGCGGCCGCUUCUACGUCGUCACCGACUCCUCCGACGACGAUGUCGUCAAUCCCCGCCCCGGCACCCUCCGCCACGCCGUCAUCCAAGACGAGCCGCUCUGGAUCGUCUUCUCCGCCAACAUGGUCAUCCGCCUCUCCCAGGAGCUCAUCUUCAACAGCCACAAGACACUCGACGGCCGCGGAUCAGCCGUCCACAUCACCGGCGGUGGCUGCAUCACCCUCCAGUACAUCUCCAAUGUCAUAAUCCACAACAUUCAUAUUCACCAUUGUUACCCUUCUGGGAACACUGACAUCCGGUCGAGCCCCACCCACUACGGGUGGCGCACCGAAUCGGACGGUGACGGGAUCUCCAUAUUCGGGUCGAGCGAUAUAUGGAUUGACCAUUGUUCUUUCUCUCACUUCACCGACGGCCUAAUCGACGCCGUGAUGGGUUCGACCGGCAUCACAAUAUCAAACAGCUACUUCUCCCACCAUAACAAGGUGAUGUUGCUGGGCCACAGCGACGACUACUCGCCGGACUCCGGCAUGCAAGUGACGAUAGCGUUCAACCGGUUCGGGAAGAAGCUGGUGCAGAGAAUGCCGAGGUGCAGAAGAGGGUACAUACACGUCGUGAACAACGAUUUCACCAAGUGGGAGAUGUACGCCAUCGGAGGGAGUGGAAGUCCGACGAUCAACAGCCAGGGGAACCGGUACAUAGCGCCAGUGGAUUCGGACUCGAAGGAGGUGACGAAGAGGCUGGAGGCGGCGGAGGGGGAGUGGAAGGGCUGGAACUGGCGGAGCCAAGGCGACGUGUUGGUGAACGGAGCCUUCUUCGUGGAAUCGGGCGAGAGCUUAGGGGUCAAGUACGAGAAAGCUUACAGCGUCGAGCCCAGGUCUGCUACGUUCAUUGAUCAGAUCACCAUGAACGCCGGCGUGCUUGGUUGCAGGAGCAACAAGCUGAGCAAGUGGACUGAAUCAAACAAUGCCGCCGCCGCCGGCGGCGGAGGAAUUUUAGAGUCGAGCGGUGAUGAUGAAGACAACUCCGAUGAUGAUGAUGAUAGGAUUUGGAGCAAUAAUGGCGCAUCUUUCCCUUCACAUACUUCUAUACUCUUCUCUCUUGUAUUUCCCUUGUUAUUAUGCUUACCUUAUGCUUAUUAUGAGAGUAUUUAAAAGAAGUUAUAAUUAUUAUCUUUUAAA